AUGCUGUUGUUACUAUAUGUGGACAUGUUUUCUGCCAUCAAAGCUACCUUAAGGAGCUGUGUACAUGAUGAUGGUGGUGAUGAUGAUGAUGAUGAUAAUAGAAUUGAUGAUGAGAGUUGUUUGGUUUUUGAGAAUGAUUAUGCUUCUUCCAAGAUCAAAGCGACUCUGGAGAUCAUUCAGACUCAUUGCAGUUUAUCAAAUGAUUUGCAGCAGCCGAUAAAAGCGAUUGUAUUCUCUCAGUGGACAAGAAUGUUGGAUUUGGUGGAAGCAUCGCUGAGUCAGCAUUGUAUAGAAUACAGGAGGCUUGAUGGAUCAAUGUCUCUAGUGUCAAGGGAUAUGGCAGUUAAAGAGUUCAACACUGAUCCUGAGGUGAUUGUGAUGCUGAUGUCAUUGAAAGCCGGGAAUGUUGGGCUAAACAUGGUUGCAGCAUCUCAUGUGAUUCUUUUGGAUCUUUGGUGGAAUCCGGCUACUGAAGAUCAAGCUAUUGAUCGAGCUCAUAGAAUUGGUCAAACUCGUCCUGUUACUGUUUCAAGAUUGACUAUUAAGGAUACAGUUGAGGACAGGAUUCUUGCACUCCAGGAAGAAAAGAGGAAAAUGAUUUCUUCAGCUUUUGGUGAGGAUCAAAGUGGAAGCUCAGGGCCUCGACUAACUGCACAAGAUCUUAAAUAUCUGUUUAUGGGUUCUCAUUAACUUUCUAAUUAUCUAGUUAUCUAAUAUCUACCUCCUGUCAGUGGCUGUUUAUUUUGGCCAUAAGGGAGGAGGGAGUCAUUCCCUCCGAACCCACUGCCACAUCACUUUUUCUCUUUUGUUUUUCUUCAUAUUUCCGAACCCACAACAAACGGAAAUCAUAUCUUUUUGAACCCACUCAACCCACUCAAUUAAAAAAAAAUACAAAACAAUCAAAUGUAAAAUCUUAAUUAGCAAUAGAGUUAUCGGCGGUACCACCCCCCUCCCGCUUCAACGAGUGGGUUGAUUGAUUUUACUAACCCACUUCAUCAUCUCUCUACUUUCUCUUUCUUAUUUUCUCUUGUACCAUGUGUUUUAAAACUUGUACCUUAGUUGUUUUGUAUUAUUUUUAAUUGAGUGGGUUCAAAAAGAUAGGAUUUCCGGUGUGUUGUGGGUUCGGAAAGAUGAAGAAAAAUAAAAGAGAAAAAGUGAUGUGCCAGUGGGUUCGGUGGGUUGGGAGGGAACGAUUCUCUCCUCCCUAACAUAAUGGCAUUUUGUUUAGAAUGUAGCCAGCCCUGUAAUUGUAAAUACUCCUGUAU